AUGGAGACGCGAGUUCGGCGGCGCCCGCAGCUUCUGCUGCUGCUGCUGCUCCUCUGCGGUGGGUGUCUCCAAGCGGGAGGCUGCAAUGAGACGGGGAUGCUGGAGAGGCUGCCUCUGUGCGGGAAGGCCUUCGCUGACCUGAUGCGCAAGGUGGACGUCUGGAAGUGGUGCAACCUGUCCGAGUUCAUCGUGUACUACGAGAGUUUCACCAACUGCACCGAGGUGGAAGCCAGCAUCGUAGGCUGCUUCUGGCCCAACCGCCUGGCCCAGGGCUUCAUCACUGGCAUCCACAGGCAGUUCUUCAUCAACUGCUCUGUGGACAGGGUCCACUGGGCGGACCCCCCUGACGAGAUUCUCAUCCCGCUGAUUGCUGUGCCCAUCCUGCUGACCGUCGCCAUGACAGGCCUGGUGGUGUGGCGCAGCAAACGUACUGACACACUGCUGUGAGGGCCUUAGUGAGAUGGAGAGGGCCACUCCCGGCAAGCUGGAAGAAAGUUCCCCGGGGCUGGGAGAGCUAGUCGACAUUGCUACCAUCCUGCCAUUGAGGCCAUACCCCACCCAGACCCUUCCCAGCCCAGGCUCACCUGGUCCCUGGUGGCUGGCCUACCCCUGGCUGGGGCUCAGGCUGUCUACCCAAGAUCUUCGCUUGUUCUUGGGCAAGUAGAAGAAUACGUGCCAAGGCCAGAGCUUGUGUGGUGGGCACAGAAAUCACCUGCUGCUGCACUCUGUGCUCCCUCAGGCUGGGCUGGA